AAAAAAAAAAAGGGAAAAGCAGGCCGGGCAUCGUGGCAGCACCAGCCAGCGGCAGAAACGCCGGAGACCCCGACCACCACCACCAUCGCCGCCGCUUUCCGCCACCUCGAUGCUGCACCUCCCGGAGCUGCAUGAGAGACCGGUAGAAGCCUGCGGAGGAGAAGGAAACUUUCUCGACGGCGACGGCGGUGGCGGCGGCGGCAGCAGCAGCGCCAGGAUGGACUUCCCGUCCGCCCAACCCAAGCCUCCCCCCGACGGCAAGAUCAUCUUCUACCCGCCUGGAGUGAAGGAGAUCACGGAUAAGAUCACCAACGACGAAGUGGUCAAACGCUUGAAGAUGGUAGUAAAAACAUUUAUGGAUAUGGACCAGGAUUCAGAAGAUGAGAAACAACAAUAUCUCCCUUUAGCCUUGCACCUUGCGUCCGAAUUCUUCCUCAGGAACCCCAACAAAGAUGUCCGUCUCCUUGUAGCUUGUUGUUUGGCUGAUAUAUUUCGAAUUUAUGCCCCUGAAGCACCGUAUACUUCACAUGACAAGCUCAAGGAUAUAUUUUUGUUUAUUACAAGACAGUUAAAAGGAUUAGAGGACACUAAAAGCCCUCAGUUUAACAGAUACUUUUACUUAUUAGAGAACUUAGCGUGGGUGAAAUCUUACAACAUCUGCUUUGAGUUGGAAGAUUGCAAUGAGAUUUUUAUUCAGCUUUUUAGGACUCUCUUUUCAGUUAUCAACAAUAGCCACAAUCAGAAGGUCCAAAUGCAUAUGCUGGAUUUGAUGAGUUCUAUCAUCAUGGAAGGCGACGGGGUGACUCAAGAACUGUUGGACUCCAUUCUUAUCAACCUCAUUCCUGCACACAAGAACCUUAAUAAACAGGCCUUCGAUCUUGCAAAAAUCCUGUUGAAAAGAACAGUCCAAACUAUUGAGCCAUGCAUUGCCAAUUUUUUUAAUCAGGUUUUGGUACUAGGGAAGUCUUCUGUGAGUGACUUGUCUGAGCAUAUAUUUGAUCUAAUACAAGAACUUUUCGCUGUCGAUCCUAAUCUACUGUUGUCUGUCAUGCCACAGCUGGAGUUCAAGCUGAAGAGCAAUGAUGGAGAAGAACGCUUAGCUGUCGUAAGGCUUUUAGCAAAGUUAUUUGGUUCCAAAGAUUCGGAUCUUGCAACCCAAAAUCGUCCACUUUGGCAGUGUUUUCUUGGCCGAUUCAAUGAUAUUCAUGUUCCUGUGAGAUUAGAAAGUGUGAAAUUUGCAAGUCAUUGUUUAAUGAACCAUCCAGAUUUAGCAAAAGACCUCACUGAAUACUUAAAAGUCAGAUCCCAUGAUCCAGAAGAAGCCAUCCGCCACGAUGUCAUUGUCACAAUCAUCACUGCGGGCAAAAGAGAUCUUUCUUUAGUCAAUGACCAGCUCCUUGGUUUUGUCAGAGAAAGGACGCUGGAUAAGCGGUGGCGGGUAAGAAAAGAAGCGAUGAUGGGACUCGCUCAGCUGUACAAGAAAUACUGCCUUCAUGGUGAAGCUGGAAAAGAUGCGGCGGAGAAAGUCAGCUGGAUAAAGGAUAAACUUUUGCACAUAUAUUAUCAGAAUAGCAUUGAUGAUAAAUUGCUGGUGGAGAAAAUCUUUGCUCAGUAUCUCGUUCCUCAUAAUUUGGAAACCGAAGAGAGGAUGAAGUGCUUAUAUUAUUUAUAUGCUAGCUUAGAUCCAAAUGCUGUUAAGGCACUGAAUGAAAUGUGGAAGUGCCAGAACAUGCUUAGGAGUCAUAUGCGGGAAUUGCUAGAUUUGCAUAAAACACCCACCUCAGAAGCAAACAGUGCUGCUAUGUUUGGGAAGCUGAUGACCAUAGCAAAAAACCUUCCGGAUCCUGGAAAAGCCCAGGAUUUUGUGAAAAAAUUCAAUCAAGUCCUCGGUGAUGAUGAGAAACUUCGCUCUCAACUUGAAGUGCUAAUCAGCCCUACAUGUUCCUGUAAACAGGCAGAUAUCUGUGUAAGGGAAAUAGCCCGGAAGCUUGCAAAUCCUAAGCAACCGACCAAUCCUUUCUUAGAGAUGGUGAAAUUUCUUUUAGAAAGAAUUGCUCCCGUGCAUAUUGACUCAGAAGCUAUCAGCGCAUUAGUAAAGCUGAUGAAUAAAUCAAUAGAAGGGACAGCCGACGAUGAAGAGGAGGGUGUAAGUCCUGACACAGCAAUCCGUUCGGGACUUGAACUUCUCAAGGUUUUGUCUUUCACACAUCCUACCUCGUUCCACUCCGCAGAGACAUACGAAUCUCUCCUACAGUGCCUCAGAAUGGAAGACGACAAGGUGGCAGAGGCAGCCAUUCAAAUAUUCAGGAAUACUGGCCACAAAAUAGAGACCGAUCUGCCUCAGAUACGAUCAACCCUUAUUCCAAUCUUGCACCAGAAAGCGAAGAGAGGAACACCUCACCAAGCCAAGCAAGCUGUCCAUUGCAUACACGCCAUAUUUUCGAAUAAAGAAGUCCAGCUUGCUCAAAUCUUCGAGCCUUUAAGUCGAAGUUUGAAUGCCGAUGUUCCGGAACAGCUCAUAACUCCUCUCGUUUCCUUGGGUCACAUUUCCAUGCUGGCCCCAGACCAAUUUGCAUCCCCCAUGAAAUCCGUAGUUGCAAAUUUCAUUGUGAAAGAUCUUCUUAUGAACGAUAGGUCUACAGGUGAAAAAAAUGGGAAAUUGUGGUCUCCAGACGAAGAGGUUUCCCCAGAAGUCUUAGCAAAGGUUCAAGCCAUUAAACUCCUGGUGCGUUGGCUCUUGGGGAUGAAGAACAACCAAUCCAAAUCUGCAAAUUCAACGCUUCGGUUACUAUCAGCCAUGUUGGUCAGCGAAGGAGACCUGACGGAACAGAAGAGAAUUAGCAAAUCAGACAUGUCGCGACUACGGUUGGCUGCUGGCAGUGCCAUAAUGAAGCUCGCCCAGGAACCCUGUUACCAUGAAAUUAUAACACCAGAACAAUUCCAGCUCUGUGCACUGGUCAUUAAUGAUGAAUGUUACCAGGUGAGGCAGAUAUUUGCUCAGAAGCUACACAAGGCACUCGUAAAAUUACUGCUCCCAUUGGAGUACAUGGCAAUAUUUGCACUGUGUGCCAAAGAUCCUGUAAAAGAAAGAAGAGCUCACGCUCGGCAGUGUUUGCUUAAAAAUAUAAGCAUACGGCGAGAGUACAUCAAGCAGAACCCCAUGGCAAACGAAAAGCUCGUCUCUCUGCUGCCUGAGUAUGUGGUGCCCUAUAUGAUUCAUUUGCUGGCUCACGAUCCAGAUUUUACAAAACAGCAAGAUAUCGAUCAGCUUCGCGAUAUCAAGGAGUGCCUGUGGUUCAUGCUGGAAGUUUUAAUGACCAAGAAUGAAAACAACAGUCAUGCCUUCAUGAAAAAGAUGACAGAAAGCAUCAAGCUUACCCAGGAUGCCCAGUCUCCAGACGAACCAAAGGCCAGCGAAAAACUCUACACUGUAUGUGACGUAGCCCUCUGUGUAAUCAACAGCAAAAGUGCUUUAUGUAAUGCGGAAUGUCCAAAGGAUCCGGUAUUGCCAACUAAAUUUUUUACGCAACCUGAAAAGGAUUUUUGUAACGAUAGGAAUUAUAUCUCCGAAGAGUUGAGAGUUCUUCUUUUAACAGGAAAGCCAAAACCAACCGGCGUAUUAGGGGCGGUAAAUAAACCUCUAUCUGCAACGGGAAGAAGGCCAUAUAUUCGAAACACAGGAUCAGAAACUGGAAAUAAUAAUAGCGUAAAUUCAGAGUUGAAUUCUCCAAUAGAAAACAGAACAAGCAGAGAGCCAAGCUCAGACCUGUCAGAGACGGGGGUCAGUGAAAAUGAUGAAAAUCCAGUGAGAAUUAUUUCAGUCACUCCAACAAAAAUGGAACCUGUGAAGAACAAGGAGAUUAAUUCUGACCAGGCACCCCAAGAAAAUGUCAGUGCUGAUCGGGGCAAAAAAAGAAUCACGACAGCAGCCGGAACGGAGAAUUUCCAUCAAAAAGCAGAAGAGAAGAAAAGCGACGAAACGGGUCAGCCGGCUCCUCCCAAACCCCGGCGAGGACGUCCCCCCAAGUCUGAAUCUCAGGGCGCCACCACGAAAAGUGCCGAAAUGGGCAAAUCCUCCGGACGAGGACGGAAAAGGGCAGCCCCGGCUCAAGAAGGUCCGGGCGGACUGGAGCCAAGCAAUGCCAAGGCACCAAAGCAGCAAGAGGCCACAAAGAAAACAGCACCAGCACAGAGACAGAUUGACCUACAAAGAAGCCAGCCAUCACUGGGCAGUGAUGGAGAUUCAGUGUUGGAGAUAGAGUCCAGUCCAGGAUAUUCUGCGAGUGAAAUGGAUCUUUUUAAACUUUGUGAGAGCAGCCAGGACGACCUUGAGGAGAGAGAUCUAACAGAGACAGGCUUGCUGAAGGUAAAAAGAAAACUUUCUCGCAAAAGGAAGAAAGGAGAAGAGCCAAAGGAAGGCAUGCUCCCAGCUUCUGCAAAACCCAAGAAACGUCCUAUAUAGGAACUGAAAAAUACUUCCGAUCAUACAGCUUUCAGCUCUGAACACCGAAGGAAAACUCUGCUUCCCUUUCAGAUAAAAUGAAUCUGCAGAAACUCUUUGAGAGUGGCUAAAAGCAUCUGUACUUAUUUCCCCAGAGACUUUUUUAUGAAAAGUCAAUAAUUAAGCAAAUUGCUUAACACUUAAUUCCAGUUUCCGCACAUCUGGAGUUUAAAAAGUGUUUUUACUCCAUUAAUUUUCAUGCUGCAUUUUUUUAAAAAAAAGAAAGUCAGAGAGAAAGGUCCUUAGAGCAUUGUUAAAAAUUCACAUACCUUAAUUGGGUAUUGCCCCUCAUAUAUAUAUUAUUUUUUGUCAAGAAAAAAGAAGAAGGCUUACCAAAUGGUUUUUAAUCUGAGGCAUAACUGCGAAACCGAAUUCUCAUCUGCUUUCAUUUUAAAGACUUAUGUAUAAUUCCCACCCCCACCCCAUUCCACCCAGCAAAAUAAGAUGUACAGAUUUUGGUUCCUGCUUUGAGAAGUCACCUAGUGGCAAUUUUUAUACAUGUUGCUUUCUGACUUUUUAUCAAAGAGUAGGAGACUAAUCAUUUGAUGAUUGAUUUUCAAGUAGACAUUUCAUCUUUUUUUUUAAUUUCCUCCUCCAUUUUAGUUAAUAAUAUAAGUUGCAAUAAAUGUACAUAUUGUUCGUUUUAUAAAAAACAUAUAUCACUUCUGAGUGGGUUUACUCCUGUGGUUUUGUUGGAAUAUUCUAAAUCUAAAUGGAGUAAAGUCAUCCCAGGAUUUGAUUUUAUAAUGUUUGUCACCAGAUUUUUAUUAUUGAUGUAAAAAAUCAAUUUUUUAAAAUAGUUGGAUUUUUGGCAGCUUUGUAAGGAACAUUGAAAAUGUUUAGGAUUUCAAGCGUCGCCUUGAUUGAAACAGUCUGUUUUACGUUUUCCUUCCCCUUCUCAUUUUUUAACAUUUAAUUUAGAAAACUUGCAUCAAUAUUGAUUCCCCCCUCCCCCCAGGCAUUGUUCAGCAUAUAGUGUACACUUUUAAGUACACACCAUCAUAUUUAAGUUGGUUGCAUAAAAUAAAUGCUUCUAGGUGUCA